AUGGCUAUCCACCCCGAGCUCUUGGCCACGCCCGCGACUUCGAUCGAACGCGUCGAAGCAUGGACGGCUGCAGAUACAGUCUCCCAGGUUGCUGACGCUCUGGGAGCGACAAGCAUCUCUGCAGGCUCACCGCGACCGGCGCGAGGUACUCACGUCACCAUCGACAUUCCUCUCGACGAGCGUCCACUUCCAGUCCAACAUGCGCCACCGCGACCCAAGAUUGAAGCCGUGCAUACUGUGUACAAGCGACGCGAGCCAAUUCGCCGUGAUAGUCAGAACAGACGCGAAGCUCUGCUCAAGGGCAAAGAGGGCAGCAGACGCCGGCAACGAUGGGAGAACGAUCGUCUUCUGAGCAACCCCCACGCCGAACCGCCACUCCCUAGCGAUUGGCAAGUGCAGCCCACAUAUCCAGUCCACCGCGUGCCGUACAUACUCGCUCCUCUGUGGGAUGCCGAAUACGCCAAGUCCGCGAGAGAUCGUCAAAAGCGCGCCGAGGCAGCCAGAGUACCAGCAUCGAAAGACGAGGCGGCCGCGAACAAGGUCACAUCUGACCUUCGGGCGAAGCUGAAGAAGUCGAGAGGCGCAAAGGGUCUUCUGCAGAACCUAGAAGAGGAAGUGCGCGGCUUUGUUCAGCAAUGGGACGAGAAGCAGAAACAGAUGGAGAGUGACGGCCUCAUCGAUCCUGACAGUGAAGAUGAAGAGAUCGUGUUCGUCGGCAGGAAUGGUGCCAUGUCCGAUGAGCGCAAGAAGGAGAAGGAGCAGCAAGCCCUGGAGAAGGACAAGCUCAUCUUUGAGAGUCUGCUUGACGAUCAUGGCGCUGCCUUUGGCCGGUAUCUGGUGCAUUCCAUCGCUGCAUACUACGGUCUCAAGACAUGGUCUGUAACCACUGGCAAUCCUGCUCGGAGAGAAGCGUACGUCGGCCUGAAGAUCGAUCCCAAGACACGGCGACCGAGUCUUACAAGAAGUGAGAUGCCACGGCCGCUGUAUGCAGUAGUUUGA